AUGUCCAACUACGAUGCUAGUCGCUUCUUCAAUGGCAACUUCAACUUCGGCCAGGAUCAAGGAGGUCAGCAACAACAGCAGCAGCAGCAGCAGCAGCCACAGCAGCACCAGGCCCCGCACCAUCAAGGUCAACCGUUCCAGCAGCACCAUCAACAGGCUCAGCCCAACGCUGAUCAGCAGCAGCAGAUGUUGAUGGGCGCGAUCAAUGGCAACGCUAGCAUGGCUGCUGCUCUGAACCAAAUCCCUGGUGGCUACCAGAAUCUGAGCCCAGCGCAGCUACAGGCCUUUAUGCAAUGGCGCUUCAACCCAGCCAAUUCUGCCGCCGCCGCCGCCGCCAACAACGUUGCUGCCGGCGGAUCAGGACCUGGCGCGGCAGCACAAAAUGGAGGCGGCCAACAGCAAGCGGGCAACAACGCUCCUUCGAACCCUACCAUACCACAACAGUCGCCUAAUCUACAGCAUCAUUUUCAGCAGCAGCAGCAGCAACAACAGCAGCAGCAACAGCAGCAGCAGCAACAGCACUUUGCCGCUCUCCAACAGCAGCAGGUCAGCCAACAACAACAGCAAGGCGCACCCGGGGCAGGUGGAUUCCCAUCAGCCGCCAUAUCAGGGGCACAAGCUGCUUCGGCCGCAUCGCAAGCUGCUGCUCACAAUCGCAUGCAGCAGCACGGCGGCGGGCCACAACAAGCGCAGACACAGCCGCCGCAGGGCUUUAAUCAACAGCAGCAGCAUCUAGGCCAGCAACCCCAGCAACAAGCCGCUGCUGCCGCUGGUCAAAUGAAGGGCCCAACUGCGAACCAGAUCACGCAGCUGGCUGCAAACAUCAAGGAUGAUCAGCUCAAUUCGUGGGUGGAAAAGGCGAAGCUUGACCAGUUCACUGAACAGCAGCGAGCGCAGCUGCAAAUGAUUCUCCAACUUCGCUUCCAGCAAAAGGCGCAGGAGCAGCAGCAGCAGCAAGCUGGACCAUCUCAACCCAGACAGCAGCAGGCGCCCGCUCACCAGCAGCCGACACCUCAGCAGGCCGCGAUGAUGCAGCCGGGUAUGGCUAAGCCUCCACAGUCAGGCGGUUUCCCAGGCCAGCAGCAGCAGCAGGGCAUGCCGCCGAGUCAAUUGCAGUUACAGCAACAGCAGCAGCAGCAGCAGCGAGGUGGUUGGCCGAAUGGAAAUCAACAAGGUGGCAUGCCGGCGAACGUCCAGCAGCGCAUUGCACAAGCGCAGGCGCAGCAACAGCAGGCCGGUAGCGCUCCGCCAGGUGCUGUCUUCGGGAUGCAGAACUACCAGAUGGGAGGGAAUGCAGGCCCAUCGCCUCAACAGCAGCAAGCUCAACAGCAGCAGCCGCCACAACAGCAGCAGCAGCAGCAAGGUGGCCCGCCGAAGCCCACCAACACGCCCAACCAAGCCUCAACCAUGCUCGACCUCGCACAACGCGACCCGAAGCGCGUUGCACAUGCCUUUGGCAUGAAGAUGAAGGACCUUGAGAUGAAGAUCAACAACCCUCGCGCCUCGGAUCAGGAACGGCAGAUGUACAGCCAGCAACUCGUGGAUGCACGCAGUGCCUUCCAGGGUAUCAUCUCCAAGGUCAUUGCCAGCGGGCAAUUCCAGGGAAACUUCGCCGGCUUCGCUGCUGCAGCUGGCAUAGGGCCGUCCUCUUCCUCUGCGGCGGGUCCAUCCCAGCAGCAGCAGCAGCAGCAGCAACGACCGCCGCAGCCGCAGGCUCCACCGCAAGGCACGCCUAACAUGGGCGUUCGUACGCCCGUCCCUGCUGCAGCGAGCCAGAUGUUCAGCCCACCGACUAUGCGGGCUGGCCAUCAGCCGGGGAGCAGCCCACCAAACCCUUUCGGCAGCCCGGCCAUGAAUCCCGCGACGACACCGCACAUGCAGAACGCCGCUGCAUUCAACCAGCAGCAGCCCAAUGGAGUACCGCCGAAUGUCCGCCCGCCUGCUCAGCAGCAGCAGCAGCAAUGGAACAACGCUCAGACGCAGCAGCCGCCACCGCCGCCCCAGCAGCAGAUUGCUCCUACUGGCCCCACAUUGAAUCGAGAUUCCUUCUUCCGCGCUCUCACCGACCUUCUUCCGCGACGAGGCAUUACGCUCAAGCAGCCAGUGAUGGUCGGCGGCCACCAGAUCGACUUGUGGACCCUCUAUCAGACGGUGUCGGAGCGCGGAGGCAUGCAGGCUGUGUCGCAGAGCUCUGCGUGGCCUGCCGUCGUCGUGGCGAUUGGAUUGGCGCAACACGGCUCACCCGAGGCGUAUACACUGGCUCAACCACUCUCGGAGGCAUAUCGGGCUUAUCUUCUCAUCUUUGAGGGGGUGUGGAAGCAGGCUUCCGAAAGGGCUAGGAUGCAGACCUCGGAGCAGCAACAGGCGCAAGCGGCAGGCCAGCAACAGCAGCAGGCGCAGGUAAUGGGCCCUGGUCAGGUCAACGGACGCCCACCGCCAUCUGCUCAGCAGCUUGCCGCCAUGCAGAUGCAGCAGCAGCAGCAGCAGCAGCAACAGCAGCUCCAGCAACAGCAGCGAUUCGGCCAGCAAGGACAGCCGCAACCUCAGCCGCAGCCUCCAGCUCAUCAGCAGCAGCAGCCUGCCAAUCAGGCCUCGCCGCCGUCACUUCCCCCUCCGCCUACCCUCUCGCAAGUCCAGCUCAAACAGCUCGGCGUCACUCAGGAGCGCUUCAAUGAGAUGUGGCGGGCGGGAAGCUUCCAAAAGCAGGCCGCUGCUGCGACGGCUGCCGCUGCUGCCAAUCAGGUCAGGCCACCCCCGCCUCAGCAACAGCAGCAGCAGCAGCAGCAGCAGCAGCAGCAGCAGCAGCAGAGCCAGAUGCAGCAGUCGCCCAAUCUCGCCCAGCAACAGCAGCAGGUUCCUCGCCCGAUGCCUCCACCUCCUCAGCAGCAACAGCAGCAGCAGCAGCAGCCGGGCGCGUCUUUCCAGAACCCCGCGGUGACCGGCAGCACGGGUGGUCCCGUCAGUCUAUCCCCAGCCAACGCUGCUCCUGUCACCAAGGAAUCCUUCGAAGCGGCACGCGAGAAGCUCCUGAAAAUCGACGAGGAGCUCAAACUUCGUCGCCCCGAGCUGUCUCUACCGCGCAACCUAAGUGAGGAGGAGCGCACACACCUCUUCAACUUUAACGCCUCCUUGCUCACCAUCUGUGAGGAAUGCCACGUUCUCCUGCCUGCCUUGGUGGCGAUGGCGAGUGGGGAUAUGGAUGCCUCGGGGGCGAAGAGGGCGAAACUCAUGCUCUGGCUGAUGCGCGACCAGCUUUGGGUCAUGAAGACCCGCGGCGAGUCCCGUCUGGGCAUGGACGAGAUCAAGCGCAUAGCGGUGCAUUUCACGAGGUUGACAAGCUUCGUCAAACAGGUCAAUCCCCAGGUCGCUGAGUUCCUGCUGAAGGAGAAUGCGGCGAGAAAGGCAGCAGGACAACCGACCUGGUUUGCUGUACAGCCCCCGCCGAUGCCUGGUGCCGGGGGCCAGCAGACUCAAGCGCAGCCGCAGCAAGCCACGAACGCUCCAGCUGCUCCUCCCGCCGGCUCGCUGCCCGUCGACGAAGCCAUCGCAGCUCAAAUGGGCAUCAAGCGCGGGCUGCGCGUUGACGACCUGAAGUUGCCGCCCUCUAAACGUAAGACGACGGGUGGCACGCCUGGCACGCCGACCAAUCAAGGCUCCUCUCCGCAGGCUGCUGCCAUGCUCCUUGACGCUAGUCCUGCAGGCGCCAAGGCAGGUGAGACUGACUCGCCCAAGCCCGUCAACCAGGCUUCUCCCCCGUCGUCGUCCACAGCGGCCCGCGGAGGGAAACGCGGCGCGAGCAAUGCGACUGCUCGCGGCGGUGCACGCGGCAAGAAGGGCAAGAUAGUCGCGGCCGCCUCGCAAGACGAUUCUUCCACCCCCGGCGGCAGUGCAGCCUCACCGAAGCCCAAAGUCAAGACGUCUGCGGACAUCAUGGCCGAAGUGAAAGCAGAGAUUGCGGCUGAAGAGGAGCGCAAGAAGCGCGAGGAGGCCGAGCGGCUUGCCGCCGGGAUUGAAGAUGACAAGCGCAACCCAUUCUUGCUUGCUGAGCAGGCUGAGACGAAGCGACAAGGUGACACAGAAGGGCAGGACGAGCUGGGCUUCGUCAUGGGGGCCUGGCAGGAUAUGCUCGAUGCCGGCAAUGGCACUGGAGGCGAAUUGUCGGCAGAGGGUGGGAACCCACUGCACUCCCUUCUGUCCGUUGUGGGCGCGAGCCCAAGCGCAGCGAUGGCCGCGGCUGUCAGCCAGGCGCCCACCACCGGAGCUACGUCAGCAGUCGCACAAGCUCCCGCUCAGAGUAAUACGUCUGCCCUCAUGUCCGGCUCGCUGGGAGACGCGGAAAUCUUCUUCGACUUCGACUCCUUCGAUGGCCUCAUCGACGAGGGUGACUCCACCGAGAACGCCACCUCCGACGUGGACAUGAAGCAACCCCAAGGCCAGUCAAUGGACGUAGCUACCGCCCUCGGCGUGUCCGCCCCCUUUGCGCCGCACGCCGCAACCUCCGCCGCUGCGGGAGGGACAGGCGAGACGCCGGACCUCAUCUCCUCCUCGUCCGCCUCUUCCGGUAUUCCAUCAGCCGCCUCCUCCUCUACGAGCAGCAGCGCCGUCCUGCCAAAGACGUCGACCUUCCCGCAGUUCAGCAACAACGGGGACGCUCACAAGGGCGCGGAAAGCAGCGGCAGUGGAACGACCAUGGUCGCCAGCCCGACGCAGGUGUCGCCCAACGAAGGAUCGCGGGGCAGCUUCUCUGGUGCUAGCGGCGGUGGUCUAGGCUUGCUGGAGAAUGACGCAUUUUGGGAUGCGGAUGACCCCGCGGCUCUCUACGGCAAUGCUGGGUCAAAGGAGGGAGAGAGGGAGAAUCCUUGGGCCCUUCUCCCGGGUGGAUUAGGGGAAAUGAUUUCGUGA